AUGAUGUCCAAGCGAGUCGCAAUCCAGCGGGCGAGAGGUUUCCUUGCUGAUGCCGGGCCGGCCGAGUCCGGCGUGCUCGAAGCCGAAGCGGUGGUGUACUUGGCGCAGCAACUUUCCGACGCGAUUCGAGUCUCGACGGAGGGCAAGAAGACGAGACCGUCUCGCUCGUCUUGCUCGCAGCUGGCACUGCAGGUAUUGCUGACUGCGCUCGGGCUGCGCAGAGCGGCUCUUGUGGACGCUCUGAGCCUCACACCAGCCCAAGCGCGUGCUGUCGGCUCCAAGCUCAAGGCGAUCAACGAGGAUGGAUCCUCCUCAGAAGCUGAGGCGCUCGGCCAUGUCUGCUUGCUUUUCCAUGCUCCGUCUUCGCAGACCUUCGUCGUGAGUACAAGGGCGGAGCUCUGGUCGGACGCCAACUCUCCAACCGUGUGGGUCGACUGCCGCGCAGGACCAAAGCAUGCAUCGCCCAACCUUAUCGAGCCGGACUCACAUGUCACUUCGCUCAUCACAGCUGUGCACGACGCAGUUCUUGCCUGCGGCCCCGCCGACGCGCUCAUUAUUCCUUUUCCCACGACGGAAGAGCCGACGGAGCUUGACUCGCUGCAUUCGGAAGCUCAGCUGGUCGGCAUAGCUCUCGCUGGCUUCCUUCUGGAAUAUGCAGCGGUCUACUGCCUGCACAAUACCUCGUCGCUAGCGGACGUCAACAACCUCCGCUACAACAUCCGACCCCUGCAAGUGACUGACCUGCCGCACGCCGACGUCGAGUUCACGAGCUCUCCCAAGAACAGUCUUGCCUCCCAGCCAUUGGUCCUGUUCCGAGUGACGUGGAUACGCCAAACUUCGCUCGCCAGCUCACAUGCUUCCAACCUUGAACUGUUGGCCUUUUCAAUCCCGCAGUCCCUUGCGACCAAGUUCGACCCGGGCAACGUCCGCUCGGAUCUCGAGAUCACGUUCCAGAGCCGUCUGCGCAGCAUUGGCUCAAACUUCACAUCCCCGUUUGCAAAGCUGUUAGCGUCCGGAAGCAUCUCUUUCGAGACCAACACUGUCACACUGCCCCAGGUAGCCUUGUAA